AUGGCAGACGAAUCAACCUGCGAACGGGAGAAGGAUCUAUCUGACAGUGACUCUUGUGAGAGCUUUCAGGACUCAGAAGAAGCACCUGAUAGACUCUCAACUUCGUCAAAGCAAAGUUCAUUAAAAGAUUCAAAAUCGAUCACAUCAAAAGUCAAGAAAGAUUGGAAAAGGAGGUUUCGCUAUUUAUCGUACAAGGACUUUUUGGUUCAAACGAGGUCGUUGAUCAGCAUGAACGAUAAAUCAAUCGUUAAAGACCUUUCUGCAACUGCGUCAGAGAAGAUUAAAAGGACAGACGAAGAAGCGGAAAGUAUAUAUGCAGAUGACAAAGGGUAUUUUCGGGGAGAAAUUUUCGAAGAACUGGAAAGUGAUGAUAACAUUGGUUUUGCUGGUGACGUCUGCAAGCAGCUGAAUCUGUUGCCAAAUAUGGACGUCUCUGAUCAUGAACCAACUACAAUAGAUGAUGGUUCUUUUAGGACCGAUUUGCAGACAGACUCUUUUACUCCAGAGAUUGUCGUUGUUCCAAGUUCGCGAUUUGUUCGUGAACUAAAAGUUGAAAAAUUUAAUAUGAAUUAAUUAGUAGCAAAUUAUUUCAGAUAGGUGCAUUAGUUUGCCUUCUUUUCCCUGAAAAAUACGGUACAGAAGUUUUUUUUUUAUCUUUCGGUGUAUAUGUUUACGUAUUCGCGUUUUGUAUUUCAGUUGUCUAACAAUAUAUAUGCCAUUCUUGCUUGAAAAUGUUGUUUCAGCUUUCGAAGUGUAAAUAGCAAAGAAUGCAUUUGUCAACAAAAGUUAACGAAUAGUAGAAGACAGUUGGGACAGUAAAUGGCGAAAUAUUAUGGAAGAUGUCGCCUAAAAUGAUAUGGCGCGUAAACCCUAGAAUAAUGCAGCUUUAAUGCAUUCUGGGAAUGCAGCCUUUACCUUCAGGGUCGGAAGAGGAAGCAAAUGUUUUCUUGCUUGAAAAUGUUGUUUCAGCUUUCGAAGUGUAAAUAGCAAAGAAUGCAUUUAUCAACGAAAAAUUUAACGAAGAGUAGAAGACAGAUGGGACAGUAACUGGUGAAAUAUUAUUCAAGAUGUCGCCUAAAAUUGUACGGCGCAUAAACCUUGGAAUAACUUAGCUUUAAUGCAUUCUGGUUCUGCAGUCUUUACCUUCAGGGUACCGGUCGGGAUAAAUCGUCAUCCACUGAAUACGGAUGUAAUCCUUUACACCCCAACAUCAGUAUCCAUAGUCUCUAUACUCUUCUCUAUACAUUUCCUUUAGUACUGACAAGGAUAAUUUGUUUAACAAUCAAAGCUUCUUUGGUUGGCGAUCAUUUGCUUUAUUCUUAUGAUCUUAAUGAAUGAUUCAGCUGUAUGACUGUAAGAAGAAAUUAGAUGCUGGUCACUCUCAGGGUUUAGAGAGUGAAACCCAUUCUAUGUAUAGAACUUUUCGCCAGCUACAGCUAUUUCCGAUAGCCUGCGUUAUCGAUAUGUUUGGACGCGAGCCAAAAACUGGCUCCAGU